AUGUGGCAGGCACCAAUUGAUGAUUUAUUGAAAGUGGAUCGACCACAUGGUACUCCAGUGCCAAAUUUUAACCCAUUUGAAAUUCUGGAACCACAGAAAGUUAACAUAAAUAACAAUAUCCUAGUUGAUAUUAGCACAAAUGACAAACCAGUUAAAAAUACUGAUCCAAAAUUAGAAAUGGGUUCAUUUAUAGACACAGUUACAAAAAAAGAAUAUAACCUUGUGGAUCUGUAUCAAAAUAUCUAUGUGACACCUCAGCAUGUAAAAAGAACUGCACCGAGACGAACAGACAAUGAAUCCCUGAUCGACUUCAGUGAUUUCUUUGACCAUUUAGAGAGUGGUUGUAUUAAAACCAACAAAAGUACAGUCACUGACAGACACAAAACCACACAGUCAAAACCACCAAACAAUGACAAUAUCUUACUAAAUAAAAAUGAAGUUUUGUUGAAAAAAUCAACAAGUGAUAACCAUAUGAUUUCAAAUCGUGGCACACCAAUACAUUCCAAUAAUGAUAUUCCUCAAAGUUCUGAAGGCAAUAUCGGAAAAAGCAAAAAGGACUACAGAACAGAGUUUCUAAAACAUUACCAACGACACGACGACACGAUGCGAUUAAAAAUCUUGCAAGAAACAAAAAACGCAAAUUCCAGCACCAACAAGUGCAGUGAAUGCCAAAAAACAAAAUUGCAAAACUUGAUCAAUGUCAAAAGGCCGGUAGACCACAAUGAAAUGAAAUCUCCACUCGCAAACAUGAUAUACAAAAACCAAUUCGAUUUACGAGUGAAUCCGGCACAGUUACUGCAAACGGCCGUAAAGGAUCAAAAAUUGUAUUCAAAACAGCACAGCACUUCAGAGGAUUACUCUAAAUUAACAAAAGGGCCGGACAUUUAUGAAAAAUCGAGAGUACUACCGCAGAUAAUGGAAAGGCUGGCGGCGAGAAAAAUGACGCUCGAUGCACAAAAAACAAUAGAACGAUCUAGGCGUCUAGUAUUGGAGAAAGGGGAACAAUCGAGGGUCCAGUUGGAAGAAGCCGCUGCUUCAAAUAUUCUGGACAAUAUACCUCUGAAGACCGAAGUGCUUAUGCAGGAUUGCAACAAAUCGCGUCUUAUCGAUUUAAAAGUUAGAACUUCUUUUGAAAAGUUCGUUAAAACAGGACAAUUUAUUUAA